CAGCAAACGCUUGAAGGCCCAAGACAGCAAGCUGCCUUUGAUGGGCCUUCCCCCUUAAAAAAUAGAGUUAAUAUCGUAUGGGCCAAUGGCCCAUAUAUCAGAUAUUAAACUGAUAAGAACAGAUACUACACUUGAUCUUAGCCAAAAGGCCGAGAAAGGGUAAGUAAGUAGAUUUAAGCUACUUCUGUUGAAAAGAUAUUGGGCUGACGUUAAGGUCUUCCAUGGCUUUGAGAGGCGUGAGAAAUAGGCACUGGGGAUUGCUGGUUUUAUCAGUCAAGCACAAAGGUUUUGUGAGAUUGAAUUCGGGUUCGAGCCACUGCUCUGAGGAAUCUAAGGAAGAAUCUCUUACUUCUUCUGAAUGGUAUGACCAAGCCUUCUCCAAGCUAUCAAGUUUGUCCAGCUUACUGAAGAAUGUGGAUUUGGUUAAUGGAAGGCUUGUCAAUGUCACCCAUAACUCGAGAGUUCAAGAUGACAUUUUGCUCCAAACCAUGAUCCAUUUCAAGUCCCUAGCUAGAGACUUCAUUGGAGGUCCUUUGGUUCAAGAAUCCAUGAGGAAGAAUAUGGAUUUCGGGAGCAGCAAUCCAGGAGGUAACCGUCUUCCUUGUUUUAACAAAGCCAGCGAGAGGGAACCAAUGACUGUGAAUUCCCUUACAAAGGUUUCCAGUUUCUUGAAUGUUACUGCUCAACAGAGGAAGGUAGUCAGGGCAACGGUCUGCCCACAGGUAACCGAACAUCAGGUUUGGACGGGCGCGCUUGAAUUGAUACUGGGUGAACUGAAAUCCGAGAUAGAGCAUUUGGAAUCUAGGUUCCCAAGUAAAGAAGUGAAAAUGGGAAAGCAAAUAGUCGCGGGCUAUCUCAAGGUUUUGGACAUUGCAGUUUCUUACAACCCGGAUUCCAGUUCGUGGAUGAGAGUUGCACCAGCAAAAGAGAUCAAGAAGGCAGAGGUCAUGAAAGAAGGUCUGUAUCAGAUAAGGGAAAUCCGGAUAGACAAAAACAUUGGGUACAGGGAGAAUUGCCAUCAAGAAAGCCUGGUGAAGAAGAUAUUAGCCAAGAGAUUGGGCCACUCGUCUUCGUGUCUAUUUACGCUUCUCGCGUACUAUCUCUACGGCAGCAUCAGAGACAUUGAAGUGGAAGUUCGCGGCGGGGUUUGUGCCAUUGGUCGCGGGGAUAGGUUCCGCUUGUGCAUGGGAAAGAUAUUGACAUCAGAUGAAGAGGAGAUGGUAUGGAGAAGGGUGAAGCAGCUGGAUAGGGCCAUGGGGUUGUUUAGGUUCAUUUGGGAAACAGGAGGAAUGAAAGGAGAUCUUGUACUCCAAGGCCAUCUAUGGUGCAUUGGCACCCAUAGUAGAUCUCUCACAUAUCGAGGGAAUACAUUCUUCUUGCACGCGAUCGAUCGUUAUCUCUAACAUUUUCUUCUACGAAGAACAUUCCAAACGCUUUGAGAUGGGGAUCUUUUAGAAAUAGUAUCUCCAUUUCUAAGUAGGGUAAGAAACUCAGCCCGAUGCAUCGUGACAACACAAGCACUACACAUUUAGCCCCAAGAAAUAUCUACCUUAAACUCUCCAUGAGGCUUUAAGUGUCAGACAAAUGUAGUACUCCCUCCGUCCCGAAAUAGAUUACAAUAUUCCCUCACAUUUUUGUCCCAAAAAGGAUUACAAAGUCAAUAACUUUAUAGUGAUUUG